AAACAAAAUGAAACUGUUUGCACCGUUUUAAUCUAGAACCUGGCUACGAUGUUCCUAGUGAAAUGGCUCAAGACGUAGCUGACGAUGUUUGUGACAGUUGGGAAGAUAUGAUCGAAAAUGGGGUUUUGGAUAAAAAACUAGAAGAAUUACAAAUGAAAUCUCCAAAGACAAACAGUUCUUCCGAAAACCACACUAGUGAUACUGCUUUGUAUUCUCAAAUGAGGCUGGAAGACAAUUCUCGUACCCCAUACGUCCCUCAGGUAAAAAUUUUGAAACGUCCAAAUGAUGCCAAAACAGUUGGCGUGGUAAAUGAUAAAUCACCCAGCAGACAGCCCGUCAAAACUCUAAAGCAAAGAGAAGCAGAAUAUGCUGAAGCCCGUCUUAGGAUACUGGGAUCUGCACAUAGUGAAGAAGAAGAACAAAGUGUUAGCAAUUCAAGUCCAGUUUCCCUUGUUUCUUCUGAUAGGAAAAGUGAUGCUGAAGUAAUAGUGAUACGUUUGCCUCAUGGGCCUGAUGGUACAAAAGGAUUUCUUCUACAGCGGUAGCAGUAGCCUAUGUAGAAAACUAGGUUUUUCCAAGGUCCGAUUCUAAUUAGAUAUUAUGCUGGGAAAUGGACAAUUGAAAUUUUUUUUCCCAGCAAUCAUUAAAUUAUAUUUAAAAAGGACUUAGAUAAAUGUAUUUAUCUGUUAAGCAUGAAAUUUUUAUGCAAAUUCAUCCAAAUGGCAUAUUGCCUUUGCUGGUGGUGAAGAAAAUGUUUACAUAUGCCUAAAAAUGCUGUGGACAUGUUUUUUUUUACAGCUUUUAAUAUUUUAAAGUUCUGUCAUUUUUCAACAGGAUUUUUUUUUUAAUUACAAUGCUGCUACCCAUUUCAUUAAUAAAUAUUUUACUGAGAAAUAGCAUACCAAAUAAUUUCAAUGCAUUUCACGAUAGAAGCUAACACUGCAUUUUAAAUCAUCAUUUAUAAAUAAAAAUAAAUGUAUAUUUUCAUACAAAGAUUGUUGCAUGUCUGGUUUAUAAUAUCCAACUUCCAGUUUUGAUGAAAUGUGAUAUUUGUCUGUUAUGGUUGUCAUGUAUACCAUGCUAGUAAGAACUGAAUCUAAUACAUCAUGAUCUCUUUAAAUUGUAAAUUAUCUGGUUGAAAACGCUUUAUGUUUGGCAGUUGGAAAAUGUUGUUUUCAUAUAUUUUAAUGUCUCUCCAUCCUCUUUCUGUAUGUCUUCAUAUGUGUGCAUUACUUCAAUCAUAUGUUGAAAAUGAUCAGUUCCCUCACCGUUUUUUUUUCUUUUAAAUAAAAAGCACAUUGGAUAAUCGUUAGGGUUUAAAAAAAUUCCUAUUGUAUUUUAAAAAAAAACAUUGCAUUGAUGCAACUGAGUUCUUUGAAAUGAGGCUCACAUAUAUUUUGAAUACCUAAAUGCUCCUGUUUUAUACACAUGAUUUUAGUAGUAUAGAAUGAUUUUAGUGAAAUCUAAAACGCCAUGAGUAUUGCCAAGAAAAAUGUUACAGUAUUGAUGUGUAACACUCUAAUGAAUCAAUUCAAGAAUGUCAGCUGUAACGGCUUUUUAUUUUCUUGCUGAAAGGAUUCCCAAACGUUAUUAAUUUUUUGCAUGUCACUUUACAUUAUUUUUUUAUUCCACUGUAAACUGCAUUCUGAAAUUUUUUCCAAAACUUAUGUGAGUUAUAAGUUUAUUUGCUGGUUCUUUAACUUUAAAUAACUCAUGCAAAUUGUUCCUUUUCCAAAUAGAAGCUUAAAAUUUUUCCAAUUCAGUUUAUAAAGAAAAGUAAUCAUAAUACUUUAACAUGUGUAAAAAACUUAAAAAUGUAGAUGAAAAGAAAGCAAAAAUGUUUUGAAUGAACUUAAUAUGUACAACAUGGAAUUCAGCAGAACCAAAUCCAUUGAUGUUCAAAAAAAAUCUAUUUUUCAUAAGGUGUAUGCAAAACCAUGUUCCAUUAGGAAAUACUUCUGUCUGGAAGAUUUAAACCUAAGGACUGUUGUUUAAUUUACUCUCAAGUUUGGAAUUGAUUUUAUAAACCAUCGAAUAUAAAUAAUUAUUAAGUGUGUUUUUUUUUCAGUGUGUGUUAUUGAGAUGUCAGAAUUGUAAUAUUAGCCAAAAAAUGUACUGCAUUUUUUUUUUUUGUAAACUACAAACUUUCCUAUUCUACCUCAAAGAGUCAAAACAGCAAAAAGUAUAGCUAGUGGGCUUAAUUUGAAUUUAUAAAAUAUUUUGGGAUUUGAUUCUUUUGGAAUGUAAUGGUGUUUCAUUGCUUUCCUGAUUGUCCUGAAACUUUAUUUGAAUUUACUUCAGGGAUGUUUUAAGUUAUUGAAUCUUCAUAUUAAGCAUUAUCUAAAGUUGACUUACCACCUAAUUUUUGGACCUCAGCUCUAGUGACUGAUGAAUAUUUUUUAAUUCUGCCAAAAUCAUAUUAAUAAUGUUCAAUAAAUUAACAGAAGCCCCCCCCCCCCCAUUGUUUACAUGUUUUGUUACGAUAGAAAAAAAUUGGAACUCUAUUUUCGCUUUUAGUAUGCAAUGGCUGUCGCUUGUAUGAGUUCUGCUUGUUCUUAAACAGUUUUGAUUCCACAAAGUGGCUUAUUCAAUAAAGCAGCUAAUUCAAAUAAAGCUGGAUUUUGUUCUGUUUUUGACAUUUUGGUUCAUUAAAGCGGUUGAUUCAAUUAACCACUGAGCUGAUUCCAUUAACCGGUGUCCACUAUUUCUGAUCGUAAAUGAGCUUCAUUUAUUGCAUAUUGAUUAAAUACAUUUUGUUAGGAACAAAAAUUUUAAAUGAAAGCUUCAUACCAUGUUUAUUCCUUUAAUUAAGUUUCUAUUUCUCAUAAGUUUUCAAUAGGAAAAGUUAUUUGUAGUUACAAUGUAAGACCUACUGUCAUUUUCAUUUUUGUUCAUUCUAAAAAGGAAAUUCAUGUGACUGUUCUGGAAUCUAAUUGCUACUCAUGAAACAAUAAAAUUCAUCUUAAGUUCAAGUGGGAGCUGAAGAACUAUCUACUGAGGAUUUUCAAGUUGUAAAAAGGAGGUCAGAUGAUGAAUAACUGUUUGAAAUUAGAAUUAAAAUCUAAGUGUCAUGAUGACAUCUAGUGUAAGUUCCUAUCUGUCAAAAUGGGCGACCUAGGUGCCAUUUCAAUGAUUGAAUUAAAUAUGCUUGUUCUGAGUAUAAAAAAAUUAAGAAACAGAACUGUUACAUUAUCAAUAACAAAUUUAAAAUACUGUCAGCCCCACUUAAUUGGGUAACGGAUAAACAGAUAUCCCGUGUAUUCGAAUAAAACCUCUCGGAACCGAAUCGUUUCCCAUAGACGCAAUGUUAAAGAUCUCCGCUUAAUCAAAUAUUUUCCUCAUAUAAUCAAAUAAUAUUGAUCAUCUUUCUCAACUAUUUUUGCUGAUAAAAUUAUCGAAUAAAUUGGAAAUAAACUAAGCAAGAACUAUAUUAUUAACGUAAAAACAUACAGUUAUAGUUUUUGCUGCCAAAUGGGCGGGAAAAGCAACGUACACAUUCUAUCAAUACAUUUCCACUGUUCAAUCAAAUUUCUUUUGUCUUUGCCAUAACAAAAAAAAAAAAAAAAAACGAUAGCUCAGUCAAUAAUAAAAUUAAAUAACAUAAAGAAAUAUACACAUUUUUGAUGAUAAUGAAUUGAUAAAACUUAAAUCUAAAACACAGUAAAUGAGAAGGGGAAAAGGGAGUUUAGAAAAUGUGUUCCCAAAAGACCUUGAGCAAGCUAUCCACUAUUAUGGACUUUUUCAAAAAAUAAUGUAGUGAAAACCGAUGGUAAA